AUGAAGUUAUCACUUCCCAUUAUCAGAAACUAUUCCAAAGCAGGGUCUUUAUUGAAGGACUCGCUAGCAGAACUUGCAGCUAACUCUUCACACUUAUCAAGACAACCCAAAACUCCUGCAAGAACAAGAUUUGCCCCUUCACCAACGGGGUUUUUACAUCUUGGUUCAUUACGGACUGCAUUAUAUAAUUACUUGUUAGCGAAAAGUACAGGAGGAGAAUUUAUUUUACGAAUUGAGGAUACAGAUAAAAACAGGCUAGUUCCAGGAGCAGAAGAUAAUAUCAUCAACACUUUAAAGUGGUGUAAUUUACAUAUAGACGAAGGUCCAGUAGAAGGUGGGCCAUAUGGUCCAUAUAGACAAUCAGACAGGAAACAUAUUUAUCAAAAGUAUGCGAAUGAGUUGUUAUCAAAAGGGCUAGCAUACAAAUGUUAUUGUUCAAAAGAACGAUUAUUGGAAUUACGUGAAUCAGCCCAGAGACUAAAACCACCAACAAAUGUCACAUAUGACCGGAAAUGCAUUCUGGAAAGUGAACACGAGGGAUUGCCAUAUGUGAUUAGGUUUAAGUCACCCAACAACUAUCCACCAUUCAGAGAUUUAUUGCACGGCGAAUUAAGUUUACAACCUCAAUAUAAUGACAAGGAUAGACGAUUUGACGAUUUUGUCAUUGUCAAGAAUGAUGGCAUGCCUACAUAUCAUUUUGCAAAUGUCAUUGAUGACCAUUUAAUGAAAAUCACUCAUGUAGUUAGAGGAGAAGAAUGGCUUCCGUCAACUCCAAAACACAUUGCAAUGUAUCAUGCAAUGGGAUGGGAGCCUCCUCAAUACAUCCACAUUCCAUUACUUACAUCCUUGAAAGAUAAGAAGUUAUCCAAAAGAAGUGGUGAUUUGAAUAUUUUGAAAUUGAAAGAUGAAGGGAUCCUCCCGGAGGCAUUAGUCAAUUUUGUGGCUUUGUUUGGGUGGUCGCCAGUGAGAAGCAACGGUGAGAAAUUUAAUGAAGUUAUGGAUUUAUCUGACAUUAUUGAAUUGUUUUCCAUUGACCAGUUAACUAAGGGCAAUGCUAAAGUGAAUGAUCUGAAGUUAUACUAUUUCAAUAAACUUCAUUUGGCCAAAAAGCUAGAGAGUGCAGAAGGAUUAGAAACUCUUGUUGAAGAGUAUUAUCCACACUUUAAACAGUUCAGUAACCAAUCCAAGGAGUAUCUUUACAAGUUGUUAAAAUUUAUGGGUCCCAAUCUUACAAGUAUCCAUGAAAUAGAAACAGAUCACCAGUAUCUUUUCCAAGAAAUUGAUUACAGCAAGGUGAAAGUACCCAAUGACCAAACAAAAAGUGUUUUAGAAUAUGUUUUGGAAAAUGGCUAUUAUGAUGCAAUUAAUAAAUUACCUCAACAAGGUAUUCCCAAAAAGAAUAUUUUCAUGAGUCUUCGGUAUGCUUUAAGUGGUGGGAAAUCAGGUUUAGCCAUCCCUCAUUUUAUAGAGUUAUUGGGUGAGAUCGAAUUCAACAGAAGAUUGAGCAAUGCUCUCAAAACUGUAAUGUAA